GAAACGCGGGCGCGGGGUGGCCGUCCGGCAGGACCCGGGGACACGGGCAGCGUGGCGGAAGCCCGAGGCUGCGGCCAGGGACGCUCGGCUCUCCCUCGUACCGAGGCACGCCGCCGUGGCUGUUGGUUUUACCUUCUCGGCAAUGGCUUACCGAGAAGCCCGCGAGGUGGAUGACCUGGUAACCCGCCCCAGGAGGUGGCAUUUGGAGAAAGUCCGAAGAGUAAUUUACAUGAAGGAAGUCGAGUUACUGAUUCUUCUCCGUGUGGGAGCUUGCUUACAGGAUCGGUUGUUUAUUUCUGAAAGAACCUUAGUUGUGGGGGAGCAUCAUGCCCCGAGAUUUAAAAAAGAGAGAGAGAGAAAGCCAGCGGACUAAAAUUCGUCUUUGCUAAGUUGAUUGAAGAAGAGCGUCCUGACUCAGCCGGCGCUCAGGUUUAGAGUUCUUUGGACGCUCCCGGUGAUCCGAACGAGGCGUCCCAGUUGGUGGUUAUCGCAGAUGUUCCCACGGCUAACUCCGCCGUCUGCUCCCCAGUGCACGCAGCCGGCUCUUCGUGUGCGUGGAGACCUGUGUGUGGUUUCACGUUUACUUGGGGAUCAUGCAGAGGGCUUCGCGCCUGAAGAGAGAGUUGCACAUGUUGGCCACAGAGCCGCCCCCAGGCAUCACGUGCUGGCAAGAAAAGGACCAGAUGGAUGAUCUGCGAGCUCAAAUACUAGGUGGAUCUAACACACCUUAUGAAAAAGGUGUUUUCAAGCUGGAAGUUAUCAUUCCUGAGAGGUACCCGUUUGAACCUCCUCAGAUCCGAUUUCUGACUCCAAUCUAUCAUCCAAACAUUGACUCUGCUGGGAGAAUUUGUCUGGAUGUUCUCAAAUUGCCACCAAAAGGAGCCUGGAGGCCGUCCCUCAACAUCGCCACUGUGCUGACCUCUAUUCAGCUGCUCAUGUCAGAACCCAACCCUGAUGACCCGCUGAUGGCUGACAUUUCCUCAGAAUUUAAAUAUAACAAGCCAGUCUUCCUCAAGAAUGCCAGGCUGUGGACAGAGAAAUAUGCAAGACAAACAGAGAGGAUGGAAGAGGAAGACGUGCUUGAUAAUCCGCCAGAGGCCGAUGACGCCAGAGUACACAACCCAGCACAGAAGAGGAAAGCCACGCAGCUAGGAGGCACCGAAAAGAAAUUUCACUUUGAUGUUUAGGGGUUUGUGUGGGUCCAUCUUAGUUAUAGUUAAUACAGUCUUUGUUGACAUGGUCUCAUUUUCCUACCACUCUUGAAUUUUUUUUUAAUUCAGUGACGUCAUUUUUUGUAUCCUAUAAAAGACCCUGUAUGUUUAUGUAUGUUGCUGUACAGUGAGUCUAGUUUUAUUUAUCUUGUACAUACAUAUUUUGAAACCUUUUAACAUGAAAAAUAAAUCAUCAGUUAAUGUUGA